AUGUUUUAUCUAAGUGUGCAGGAGAAAGGUGCAGGCAUUGUUGUAAUCAGCUGGAUUUGCCUAGCUGUUCUUUGCGCGGCAUCUACAGCACCUUGUGACAAGACUCGGAGAAUAUUCACGGAACCGAGCGGGGUUAUCACUGAUGGACCUACUACUUCUAAUUACACACAAGAUUCACACUGUGAGUGGCUUAUUAAAGCUAAGAAUAGGAGUCAGUAUAUUACUUUGAGUUUUCUUCGCAUGGGUACAGAAUGUUCCUAUGAUUAUGUAUUUGUUUAUGACGGUGAUUCAUUUGAUGCACCAUUACUUGGAAGUUUUAGUGGGAAAACUGAGCCUCAAAAUGUUACCGCAUUUAGUGGAUAUAUGUUAAUAUUACUGUAUAGUGACACUAAUUAUGUACUGGAUGGAUUUCGAGCGACAUAUGCAAUCCAUAGCUGCCCCAAUAACUGUACAGGCAGAGGACUUUGUGUAACCAAUAAAUGUUUUUGUGUCGGCAACUGGGGCGGCAAGGAUUGCAGUGUGGAGCUGUGUCCUAAUGCGUGUUCUGGCAAUGGAAACUGCAAAGGAGACAAAUGUGCAUGUAAAAAAGGGUAA